AUGAAAGUUUCAUCAUUCGCUGUUUUUGCUCUCGUGCUUGUCUUGUUGAUGGUGGUAUCCAUGACAAGUGCUUUAAAGUUGAACAUCCAAAAGACUUCUUCACCAAUGGCCGGAAGAUCAAAUGUUGUUAUUAAAAAACUUAAUAUUCAACCACAUUCAUUGUCUGUUAGUGGUAUUUCUAGCGGAGGCUUCAUGGCUGUUCAAUUCCAAAUGGCUUAUUCUGCUGCUAUUGUUGGUGCUGGUGUUUUUGCUGGUGGUCCAUUCUUCUGUUCUCAAGGACAAAUGGCCUAUGCUUUUGACCAAUGUAUGUAUGCUGCUCUCCCAAUUGAUUUGGAUUCUUUGCAACAAACCUUGCAACAAUAUGCUUCUCAAAAUGUCAUUGAUCCAAUUGCCAACAUUAAGAAUCACAAAGUCUUUAUGUUCAGUGGUACCUCUGACAAUACUGUCAACCCAUCUGUCAUGAAGGCUCUCUUUGAACAAUAUAGAAAGUUGGGUGUUCCUGCUGCUAACAUUAAUGCUACUUUCACUGUUCCAGCUGGUCACGCUUGGAUUACCAAUGACUAUGGUAAUGAUUGUUCAAUUACUCAAAGCCCAUGGAUUAACAAUUGUAACUUCCCAGGUGGUCAACGUGUUUUGGGUGCCAUCUAUGGUAACGUUACUGUUGGUAAGGCUCAAGAUUCUAACUUGUUCACUUAUGACCAAUCUAAUUCCUUCUCUGGCACUGACAUGGACAGCAAGGGUUAUAUUUACAUUCCAACUGCUUGUCAACAAAAUACUCAAUGUAAGAUUCACGUUUCUUUCCACGGUUGUGAGCAAGGUGCUUCUUAUGUUCAAGAACAAUUCGUUCAACACACUGGUUUGAAUGAAGUUGCUGAAAGAAGUAAUAUCAUUGUAGUCUAUCCACAAGUUUCAAGUGGUCAAAUGUUCUCCAAUCCUAAUGGGUGUUGGGAUUGGUUUGCUUACAGUGGUCAAAACUUUGCUAACAAGCAAGGUUCUCAAAUGGCUGCUGUUGCCAACUUGGUUAAGGCUCUCGGUUCUGACAUUAUUGUUUAAAUAACUAGUAGCCAUUUAUUAUGGUUUUUUAGACACAAUUCUUUACAAAAACAACACGAGUAUAUAUAUAUUGAAUAAAUCUAACUAUCUUUC